AUGCCGAAGAUCGAAUUAUCUGCUUGCUUGGUGUCAUCUAUGGCGUUGUCAGGGUUUCUGAACAACAAGCAGGAUAUCCAAUAUUACGAGACCCACGAUGCAGAACCAGAUUAUGAUCUUGUCGAAGUCGAAGCAGACGUAGCGCCCAAAUCGGGCGAUGUCUCUAGCGACGGCAGUGACAGUGAGGAUGAAGAUGGAGAUGGGGAGGGGGGGUAA